GGGAAAUAGCCGUUGAGAGGAGCCUCCAGGCCCCCAAUUUCAGCUCCCACUGCACAAACCAAUUCGAAAGCAUGUAACCGUUUCAUCACCCAGAAAUCAAAACAAUCUAUCAGAAACUUCUUAACAAUUACAGUAUUGAGUGUAGAGCAUAGACGGUGAACAAGAAUAUCCACUACCAGUUACCACUUCAACAUUGCAAGACUGAAGAGGAAAUCAGAAGUGCUGUUGACUUUUGCAGAGCUUUAGUUUUAUGAUAUUCGUUUCUUCUGUGCGACAACGAAAUGGGAGAAUCAGCUUGUCCUCUGAGAUCGUUUGCGCAUCCUUUCGAUACUUUCCGUGAAGUCAGGUGGUCCCAUUCGAGCUCUUAAAGAUCUGUAUCAUUUGGCAGAUUCAUGUCAGAAUCUUUGGAUUGGGAGAGAUGGUCAACCUUUUCUCACAACCGUUACUUAGAAGAGGUUGAGAAGUUGUUCAAGCCUGGUAUUGUUGUUCAGAGAAAGGCUUAUUUUGAAGCUUGCUACCAGAAAAGAGCUGCCAUGAAAAUGGCAACGACAGCACUUGAGGUAGCAACUACAGCUACUAAUUAUGUUCCAGAAAUAGAAAGUACAAGAAAAAUACAGCAAGAUUUCCAAGUGGAUACAAACUCAGCCAUUAAGGAACAAGCACUUGAUGAUAUCUCCAAUCCAGAAGUAGCUUAUCUGGAACAAGCUACUAAUUUUGUUCCCGAAAUAGAAAGUACAAGAAAAAAACAGAAAGAUUUCCAAGUGGAUACAAAGUCAGCCAUUAAUAAACAAGAAUUUGAUGAUAUCUCCAAUCCAGAAAUAGCUUUUCCUGCCGAUGCAAAUACAUGUCAACCUAGUACUAAAACAGAGGAAAUUACCAUGGUGGAAGGAAGUGAUGCAAUAGCAGAGAACAAUGUCCAUAGGGAGAGCUCUUUGGAGAAUUCAGAGCUGCUUGGAAAGACUGAAAAUUACAAGCACUUGGCCAGCCCUGAAGAGAAUAUGCCUGAUAAUAGGAAUUUUACCAUAUCAAGGACUGUUAAAGAAGCAAAUUCUUCAUCAAAGUCAUUGGUUCAUUGUGGAGGAUCUGGAGAUGCAGUUUCUCAAUGUAGACAACCAAGACAAUCAACUCUUAUGCAAGCCAGAGAGAGAAAUGAAGUUGCCUUGAAUGGUAAGACAUUCCCAAGGAAUUUGAAUGACACAAGGACAUCAACAUCAAAAUCCCUCCAAAUGUCAAUCAACCUUGCUUCGCAUGCUGCUGAAACCAAUAAGGCACUAACCAGAAUACCCAAAGACAGUUUAGCUCCCUUACAACCAACUCUGAUUCAUGUUAAAACAAGAAACAAUAAUCUCCCGAACUCAAAACUUGCUUCAGGAGGUUCUAACACAAAGAAGAGAUUAAUUCCAAAUUCUCUUCAUAUGUCAAUGAAUUUUGGUCCUCAUACUGGAGAAUCCAGUAAAGCAUCAUGCAAAAUGGCCAAAAUAAGUUCUACCACAGUACAGACGACUUCUGUGCAGUCCAGAAAUGAAAACAUCCAUCCGAAUCGUAUAAUUUUCGCUGGAUAUUCAAACAGAAAAAAGAGAUCAAAGCCAAAUUUCCUCAACGCGUCAACAAUUGCUUCUCAAGCUUGUGAAAUCAGUAAUAUAUCCCCUAGAAUGCCUAAAGAUGAUUCAAAUCCUGCACGAGCUUCAGCUAAGGCAUCUGUUAGUGCAAUACCACCACAUCCUUUCAAAAGUCUGCACACAGAAGCUAAAAGGACAUGCAAGACUAAUAUUCCAUUAAACAAGUCAGUUUCUGGAGGGAUUACAACUAAUGGGAAAUGGCACUCAUCUGUAGACCAUGCAAGAUCUUUAAAUUCAAGCAAAGCAAGAGCACAAUCUACAAUAUUCUUUCCUUUUAGCUUCAAAAGUGAAGAAAGAGCUGCAAAAAGGAACGAGUUUUUCAAAAAGCUGGAAGAGGAAAACAAGGGAAAGGCAGUGAAAAGAGGCCAACAAUCAACAAGAAGGAAGCAAGUUAACAACUUGGCACCCAAAAAGCGUCUACUGGUGACAGACCUUGCCAAUGAACUACGAACUCCAUUCUGUCAUUCUUCAGCACCUGUAGAGCAAGAGACCAAUUCUGGUCUCUUGAUAGGAGUAGAAUGAGAGCUUGAUAGGAGUAUUCGGCACAAGUCAACCAUUUCGGCAAUCUUCCUGGAUGUUCAGUGAGAAAACAUCACAUACAUUCAAUUGCAAUAUUUGCUACUGCAGUUUCCCAGUCUGAUCCUUGAUGGUAUACCAAAUUGAAAGAGGACGGUGUUCUGCAUGGUUUAGAAAGCUCUAGCCAAAGUGCACUAGUCAAUAUGACAUCUUGAUCACUUACAACAAACUCGAAUAAUCUAAUUAAUUUAAACAUGGAGUUGAAGAGUAGAUGGAUAAUCAGUAUGGUAAAAGAUCUUUAAUGAUAAAAACAUUUUAAAUUGUAUAUCAGUACUGCUACUAUGAGUACCAUUUACAACAAUAAAUAUGAACUUUUAAAAGUG